CUAUUUAUGAGCAAUCAUGUGAAACUUAUCGACACCAAGGGAAAACAUCUGGUUUCUUCCACAUUGAUUCUGAUGCAAGUGGUCCACUUCCACCAGUUACGGUAUACUGCAAUAUAACAGAAGACAAGAUCUGGACAGUGAUGCAGCACAACAACACUGAACUGACUCGUGUCCAUGGGUCUGAUCCUAGGAAGCCUUACACCAUGAACUUCAGUUACAAUAGCAGUGGGGAACAGCUGGACGCAAUAAUAAAUAAUGCUGAAUACUGUGAACAGGAGGCAACUUACCACUGCAAAAAGUCACGUCUGCUGAAUUCCCCAAAUGGAAUUCCAUUUGUUUGGUGGGUUGGUCGUGCCAACGAAAAACAUCCUUACUGGGGAGGAUCUCUUCCAGGAAUCCAACAAUGUGCAUGUGGUCUAGAAGAAAGCUGCAUAGAUCUGAGAUACUUUUGUAACUGUGAUGCAGACAAAGAAGAAUGGACCAAUGAUACUGGCUUCCUUUCCUUCAAAGAACAUUUACCUGUGAACCAGAUAGUCAUCACUGAUACGAACAGACCUAAUUCUGAAGCUGCCUGGAGAAUUGGCCCUCUACGUUGCUAUGGAGAUAGACAGUUCUGGAAUGCAGCUUCUUUCAGCACUGAAGCUUCAUACCUUCUCUUCCCCACUUUCCAUGCUGAGUUCACUGCAGACAUUUCUUUCUUCUUCAAAACAACCACGAUGUCCGGGGUCUUUUUGGAAAAUUUGGGAAUGAAAGAUUUCAUCAGAGUUGAAAUAAGCUCUCCUAAUGACAUCACCUUCACAGUUGAUGUUGGAAAUGGCCCUGUAGAGGCUACUGUCCAGUCCCCUGUGCCCCUGAAUGACAACCAGUGGCAUUUUGUGCAUGCUGAAAGGAAUCUUAGGGAAACUUCUCUCCAGGUGGACAACUUUCCGAAGAAGACUUUGGAAGCACCUGCUGAAGGACAUUUUCGAUUGCAGCUAAACAGUCAAUUAUUUGUAGGGGCAACUGCAUCCAAACAGAAAGGUUUUAUGGGAUGUAUUCGCUCUCUUCAUCUAAAUGGACAGAAACUUGACCUUGAAGAGCGAGCCAAAGUGACUCCUGGUGUCAAACCAGGAUGUCCAGGGCAUUGCAGCAGUUAUGGUAACCUUUGCCACAAUGGAGGCAAAUGUGUGGAGAAACUCAAUGGCUACUUGUGUGAUUGCACCAAUUCACCAUAUGAGGGACCAUUCUGCAGAGAAGAAGUCUCUGCAGUUUUUGAAGCAGGCACUUCCAUUACCUACGCAUUCCAGGAACCUUAUCCUGUAACUAAAAAUGCAAGCUCUACAUCGUCUGCCAUUUAUGCGGAUACAUCCACGUCCAAGGAAAACAUUGCUUUUACUUUCCUGACAGCACACGCUCCGAGCCUUCUAUUUUACAUCAAUGCCUCUUCUCAUGACUAUCUGGCUGUCAUUUUGUCCAAGAAUGGAAGCUUGCAAGUCCGAUACAGACUGAGUAAAGACAGAUCUCUUAUUUUCACAAUUGAUUCUGGAAACUUUGCUAACAGAGAACUACACAAUGUGAAGAUAAAUAGAGAUGGAAGAGAGCUGACUAUUCAGGUAUCUAAUUUAAAACCAUUUGUUGUGGGCCACACCUUCCUGAACUUUCACUGUCCUUAG